GCGUUUAGCAGUAGCAUCAGCAUCGCCAUGGAGGUGGCGUGGCGCUUCCGGAUCAUAUUUGUGAUGGCCUUCGUGGUGAUCAUCUUCGGCGACCUGCUCGGGUACGGUGGCGCACGGAAGGAGCCGAAAGGCAAGUCGCUCCUAUCCGGUAUCACCGAGGUCGAGGCGAACACGGGCGAGUCGCUGGGACCGACCGGCAAGGAUGCGGCCACCCGAACGCGGACCAGUCACACAAAUGCGAUCGGCGGCAGCGUGGAGAGUGACUUCGACGAGGAGGAAAACACGGCCGGCCUGUCGUCGGCGGAGCUGGCCGCCCGCAAGGAAAAGCUCAAGAGCUCGCUUCGGGAAGCGUGCCUGCCGAAGCUGCUGUGCGAGAUGGCCGCCAAGCCGAACUACUCGCUGAACGUCCGAGAACGGGAUCUGCUCUCACUGAUAAGGUCUACCACCUUAUCGCUGACGAUGGCUGUCAGUCCGACCAAGUGGCACUUUGCGGCGCACAUGGGGCAGCUGCUGCGCGACGCCGGCGACACCCUGGUCACGCCGAUCGGCUGCUCACACCUCUGGCCGAGCUGCCCGUACAGCUCGAAGAAGCUGCUCAAGCUGACGAAUGUGGUCCAGCUGAAAUAG